AUGUCUACUCAGACUCCUCACUCUCCAUCAACGUCAUCAACCUCCACUCCUUUCUCCUCCCCAGGUCCAUCCCCUUUCGUCCCUUCAGUACGAACAAAACAGCCUAUCCACAAGACUCCGUCCUCUUCCUCUUCUUCGUCGUCUUCUUCGUCUUCCUCGUCCAGCAGGAGUGCUACCAGUACUUCUUCACCUUUCCAUCCCGGAAAAGCAUACUCAGACCCCACUCCUAGAUCUAUCUACGCACCAAGCCCAACAUCCUACCCAUCCAACGAUCCGGUUACUCAAGAUUUCGAUUUUGAUGACCUCUUCACAUUUGCCCCUCACUCUCAUCCCACCAUACCACCGACUCAUCCAUUAUCAUCGCGACAAGCAUCUUCCCGGCCUAGCCCUCCAAAUACAAAGGCUGAGAACGCGACCAAUCUCACAUCUCAGCCUCAACCCGAGCUGAGGAAUUGGUCGAAAUUCUCCUUCUCGCACUAUAACAACAAUAAGAGCGUGUCGGUACCGCGUUCCGGUAAGAGUACGGGCACUGUAAAGCCGCGGCGUUAA